UUAGGAUUUUCAGAAUAGCUGUGUCUUGGGAAAAAAAAAAAAAAAACUACGGAAGCUGAAAACUACAAAACCAGACGCCAAUGGAUCAAAGCCAAUUCCCAGUUUCCAGUGACAAUGAUUCAAAUAAGCAAUCCCAAGCGAUUGAAGAGGAGAGAGAAAGACGGUACUACUUGCCACUGUAUAAAGCAGCUCUGAGAGGUGAUUGGGAAGCUGCAAGUAGAAUUUUUUGUGAUGAUCCUGGUGCAGUAACUGCUAAGAUUUCAGGCAUUGGAGAGAUUACUCUUCAUGUUGCAAUUGGCAAAGGUCGCUCUUCCAUAAGAUUCAUACAGAAGCUUGUAGAAUUAAUGCCAGCGGAUUUCUUAGUAGCGGCAAAUAAUGAUGGUGAAACACCUCUUCAUUAUGCUGCUAUUGCAGGAAAUGUUCAAGCAAUAAGGAUCUUGGUGACAAAGAAUCGAGCGGUGCUGGAUAUAGAAAACAGAUAUGGCAGUCUCCCACUUCAUUAUGCUGCCCAAUUUUGCCAAAAGGAAGCAGUUUCCUAUCUUUUGUCAGUGACAGAUCUAAGUGAAUUCUCAGGCAUACAUGGCGUCAGACUUGUCAAUCUUUUAAUAAUUGCUGAUUUCUAUGAUAUGGCCCUUGAUGUACUACGGAGAUAUCCCAAAUUAGCUAUUGAAAGAGAUUGAAGGACAACUGCCUUGGCGACGUUGGCAAAUAAGCCUCAUGCAUUUCCAAGUGGAAGCAACCUUGGGUUUUGUGAUCGCUUGUUGUAUCGAUUUGCUUCGGUACAUUCAGAUGGUGUCCCUCGAGGUGGAGAUUUGGAAAGUAUAGCUGACAGUUUAAAAGAAUACCAAAAAGAAUCAAAGAAAUUUGGGUUUCUACACAACAUAAAGAAUACAAAGUUGAAGCACAUUCUAGCAUUAGAGCUACUCAGACUCUUGAUUACGGAAGCUUUAGACGCAAGACCCUCAGAAACUCGCAUGCUACUGAAAAAUCCAGUACACACUUCUGCUACAUUGGGGAUUUAUGAAGUGGUUGUAGAGAUUAUAAAGGCCUACCCUGAAUCAGUUUGGGUUGUUGAUGAUGAUGGAAGGAACAUUUUUCAUUUGGCAAUAAUUCACCGCCAUAAGUUUAUUUUCUCUCUCCUAAAUGGACUGAGUCCGCAAAAUAAGCAUCAUCUUGUUACCUCGUCAACAGAUAGUUACGGCGAAAACAUGUUACAUUUAGCUGCGAGGUUGCAACCAUCAGAUGAGAUCCGGGGCACUCCAUCAGACAAGAACUCUGGUGCUGCUCUGAAAAUGCAUUCGGAUAUGCAAUGGUUUAAGGAUGUAGAAAAGAUUGUCCAAACAUUAUACCGAGAAAUGAGAAACCGUAAAGGGUAUACUCCGAGAAUGAAAUUUUACGAGGAACAUGAGUAUCUUGCCGAGCAUGCAGAUAGAUGGAUGAAAACUAUAACUUCAACAUGCAUGGUCGUACCAACACUUGUCAUCACAGUUGCUUUUGCGGCUGCUUUUACUGUGCCAGGGGGCAAUACCCAGGAUCAAGGAAUCCCGAUCUAUUUAAAUCAAAUUUCAUUUAUGAUUUUUGCAGUAUCAGACGCUCUGGCAUUCUUCUCUUCAUGCACUUCAUUGCUAAUGUUUAUAUGCAUAUUCAAUUCAGACUAUUCAGAAGAAAAUGCUGUCAGAUCUUUCAAAUUGUUCACCUUCGGUUUUAUCGCUCUAUUCUUUUCAAUAGCAACUAUGUUUGCAGCGUUUGGUGCUUCCCUUCACAUUGUCCUUUCUCAAAAAGUGGAAUGGAUUGCAGCUCCCAUUAGCUUACUAUCCUGUGUACCAGCGGCCUUAUUCGCAUAUUUCCAGUUUCCUCAGUGGUUCAGUGUAGCCUAUUCAGCAUUUAAACCUAGCAUUAUACCUCAACAUACUGAGGAAAUCAUCUUUUAGUCACAGAAAUUCUGUGAAUGAUGUCCCCACUAAGCUAAUUUUCAUCUUCAAUUUCUUUUGUAUGUCUUAUCAAUAUUUAUGCAACAUUAAUGUUCCCUUUGCAUUUGUGUGCGGUUUGUAACGUUGUUUAUUUAUUUGUAUGGUAUGUAUUUGUGGCUGUAUUAUCUUCUAUAUGAAGACUAGCUAAUAAACAUUAGCUACAUUCCUAUGUGAUGCCUUCUUCAUGUUUGUAUUUAUUAAAAUUUGAUUUUUCAAGUUUUUACCAAGAACUCAGUUUAAGUUCUAAUUAA